GAGAGAGAGAGAGAGAGAGAGAGAGAGAGAGAUGGAGCUUGAACACUUCUGCCAUGACCAUCCAUUGAUCCUAAGGACAGACUACAUGGAAGAAGGUGUGAAAGUUCAUUGCUAUGGGUGUCAGCAACCAAUCUCAGGUCUAUCCUACGGUUGCACCAAAUGCAAGUUUUUCUUCCACAAAUCAUGUGCAGAACUACCCGGGGAAAUGACAUAUCAUCCUGCUCACCCUGAACACCCCCUUACUCUCCUUUCAAAGCCACCUUAUUCUUGCAUUUGUGAUGUUUGUAGAGAACAUUGCGACCGAUUUGUUUACAAUUGCUUUCAAUGCCAGUUCGAUGUCGACAUAAGGUGUGCUUCGGUGGUGUCCAAUAUUCAACAGAGGAUUGAGCUCAAAUGUCACCCACAUCAGUUGAUCCCCUUGGAAAAGUCAGCCAUGUUCUUUUGUGAUGCUUGCGGUGAAGAACACGGAGGCACCUCCUACUUAUGUACCACCUGUGGAUUCUGGGUCAGCCAGAAAUGUGCUAAUUCAUUACCUAGCACCAUUAAACUUGGGAUUGCGAAGUUGAGACUGAACAUAAGAUCACGCUUAAUUCGGGGAGAGCAACAUCAAAUAUUGAGCUAUCCAAGUUGAUAUUUGCCUGUUUGACUCUUAUUUUUUGUUUUGGGUUAGUGAUUUACUUUGAUCACAAACUAUUCAUUUUUUUUGGUUUCAGGGAUUGCGAUGCAGAGAUUGAAGUUGAAAAUCGGAUCACCUUGCCAGCCGAUGAGUCUGUUGAUCUGAGAACUCUAUUUGUCAAUCACAUCAAAGUAGUGGGGAAGUGUAAAGAAGCAACAGAUAUUAGACAUUUUAGUCAUGA